AUGGAGGUUUGGGCUCUCGAGGGGUUCGGUGUUGCUCAUAUUUUACAAGAGAUGCUGACUUAUAAAUCAUAUCAUAUUAAAGGUCAUCAAGAAGUACUUGGAACUACAAUUAUUGGAGGAACAAUACCGAAACCUGUAGAUGUUACAGAAUCGUUUCGAUUGCUCGUUCGAGAACUACGAUCUUUGGCUCUGGAACUGAAUCAUUUCCUUGUACCUGAGAAAGACUUUCAGAUUCAAAGGAAGGAAGUUUAA